CUAGCUGUUCCCUUGAGACAUGAUAUGAGUGUGACAUUUGUCUUCAUGCUGUAACAGUUAUGCUUGUCUAGAAACGAAGCAGGGGGAGUUUCCUGUGUCACUGCAGGAAUGCCGGGUGGAGACUAUGGGGAGCUUGGGGGCAGCCUCCCUGCCAUCGCCUCCCUGAACGCGUCCUACUCCACCUCGCUGUCCCUCCCUUCCCCGUACAUGUUGGUGCCCCCCGCAGAGCGCAAGGCCAUCUCUGACGUCCGUCGAACCUUCUGUCUCUUCGUGACAUUCGAUCUGCUCUUCAUCUCUCUUCUGUGGAUCAUUGAGCUGAAUACCUCCAGCUCCAUCUGGGAGAGCUUAAAAAAUGAGGUUGUCCUUUAUGACUACAGGUCUUCCUUCUUUGACAUUUUUCUCCUCGCCUUGUUUCGUUUCCUGUGUCUACAAGUGGGUUACGCUGCUUUUCGGUUGAAGCACUGGUGGGUUAUUGCGGUCACCACUCUUGUGACCAGCGUCUUCCUCGUUGUUAAAGUCAUUGUUUCGAGUCUCCUGACCCAGAAUGCCUUUGGCUACGUCUUACCCAUCACUUCAUUUGUGGUGGCCUGGCUGGAGACCUGGUUCCUCGACUUCAAGGUGCUCACCCAGGAGGCCGAUGAUGAGCGAGCCUACCUCGCGGUGGUGAACGCAGCCUGCGAACGAGCGCCUAUGAUCUACCCCCGAGCUGUUUCAGACGGACAGUUUUACUCUCCACCUGAAUCUGUCGCAGGCUCUGAAGAGGAUCUGGAUGAGGAGGGUCUUGGACGCAGAGCUGUCACUUCGCAGGAGAAGGAGUACGUCAGACAGGGUCGUGAGGCCAUGUCUGUGGUAGAACAGAUCCUAUCGCAGGAGGAAAACUGGAAAUUUGAAAAAAACAAUGACAUGGGAGACUCUGUCUACACCCUGGAGAUUCCCUUCCAUGGAAAGACUUUCAUUCUCAAGGCUUUUAUGCAGUGUCCUGCUGAGCUCGUGUAUCAGGAAGUGAUUCUGCAGCCAGAGAAGAUGGUCCAGUGGAACAGAACUGUUUCUGCCUGCCAGAUCCUUCAGAGGGUUGAUGACAACACUCUGGUAUCGUAUGACGUCUCCUCUGGAGCAGCAGGGGGAGUCGUGUCUGCGAGGGACUUUGUUAAUGUUCGGCGGGUUGAACGCAAACGAGACUGCUACAUGUCUGCUGGCAUGGCAACCGACCACGAUGCUAAGCCUCCGUGCGGCCGCUACGUCAGGGGAGAGAACGGUCCUGGAGGAUUUGUGGUCCUGAAAUCCAGCAGUAACCCGUCCGUCUGCACCUUCAUCUGGGUCCUCAACACAGACUUGAAGGGCCGACUGCCCCGCUACCUCAUCCAUCAGAGUCUGGCUGCCACCAUGUUUGAGUUUAUGUCGCAUUUACGUCAACGUAUCUGUGAGCUGCGGCCCUCUCUCCGCUCCCACCAUCACACCUAAAACAGGAAGGACGUCUAAUUGUGCGACAGCUAGUUGAGAGGCGUCACUAGUGCUCUCUUUUUGUGGACCCCAAAAAUGCACGUAGCAGUACCGUCCGCUGUGAGGACGUGCUUACGUAACUGAGAAAAUUGCACUUCCAAGCAGAGGAGAUGUGACAUGUGUGACCUCAUAUUCACCACAUUUAAAUCACAAGAGAAGAGGAGUUUUCAGAUUUCAAAGACGAUGUUCGCACUCAUCGUUAAACUUCAGCAUUUUGGGUUUUUUGUAAAGCGUGAUCACAUACAUAUUUUUAUGUGGACCUGUAAUUGUUUUGCUGUGUUCCUCUCCGUGCAAUGAAAACCGUUUCCUUAACCUGCCAAGUCAUCGUGUGACUGGCUGGACAUUACUGAACCUGUGAUUUUCUCUGUCUGGGCGUCCGUCUCACUUGUUACAAAAAACUGUUGCAGUGUCAUGAAGCAGCUGUCUCUCUGAGCCUUAUCGAACUGCACACAUAGCCAUGAUUUUCUGCUUUUUAAAUAUGAUUUUUGUGUGUGUUUUCCCCUCACCAUCAUUUUCUGGUGCAACAGCCCUGAAACAACUCCACACAUGACAGCCGUUUUUCAACAAACACCCACAGUCUCAUCACCACUAGAGGGACACACCACUGAUCCACACAGUGAAAGCCUUGGAGUUUGACAUCCCCAAUCCCAGGGUGCAAAAAUCUGUCAGCCAACAUCUAAUCAACUAUCACUGAUGCUUUUUAAAACUGUUUUUGUUUUGCACUUUGGGAUCAACCAGGAGGUCAAACCGUGACUCAGAUCAGGAGGCUGUUUGUGUUAAAAUCCAUUAACAAGCUCAAUGGGACAAAUGAAAAAUGGUGAUAAUGUUUGUAAAUUAGGCUGCUGUAUACUUACUAAAGCUGUCUUUGGUGCCAAUAACCUCCAGUGGCCUUAUGGAAAAAUGUCCCACUCAUUAUGUGUCAUCAGACACAUUAAUAAUGUAACUUUACUUUCAUGACUUUAGUUCUGGCCUCCCCUCAGGUCCUGAGAUGUGGCACUGAAUGAGGUUUUUCUAUUAUUUCUUACAUCAUGGAGCAUCACACUGUCUUUAAACAGUUUAGAAAUGUUGCAUAAUGCUUGUUUGAGCUUUUGUCUCAAAAUCUGUCUCAUAGACUGUAUAUACAGAUGGAUAACGCAUGUCCACUUGCUCUGACUGUAUAAAAUGGAGCCUUUAUAUCCCAAAUAGGGGUGUUAGUCACAGGUUUCACCGUGAUACGAUAUGAUAUUGCCUCUUUGGACAACUAUCCAAUAUUUGCUGAUAUCACAAAGUCUUUCUAGACACCAUGUCGAUUCAGGGGCAUUCAGGUGACACAGACAUGCCAUGGGAAUUUCAAAAUAGAUGCGUAUCGUAAAUAUAACUGGAAGUUUCGAUGUUUUCAGUUUGCAUCAGUGAUAUUAGAUCAGUGGUCACUGAAUAGAUGUAUCCAUCCAGAUCAAUGUAUCGUUACACCCUUAAUCCUGGAAACUGUUGCUGCCAUCUUGCACUGGUGACAUCAGUGGAGCCAGAGCCGCAGUCGCAACCUCCAGGGUUUCGGUUUCCUAACCCAUACACCAGUCCAGCCAACCGUGAGAAACAUCAAUUGGCACAAAGCCUUCAACAAGAUGUUAAACCCCCUUUUUGUAGCAUGAAAUAACUGAUCAGAAAAACUUAUCAGGAAAAAGGAGCACUUGAAAAUGCAUAAAUGUUAUAAGAAUGACCUAAAAGCAUCUUUGAGAACAAGAUAUUUGACAUAUACUUUGAUUUUUUUAGUUUAGCCCAUGUUGCAUUGCUAACAUGGAGUGGGCGGGGUUUAAUACUGCAGGCAGCCACUAGGGAGUGAUCGAGAUGUUUUGGCUUCACUUUUGGGGAACAGUCAUGUUGUCAGUCUUCAUGAUACAGUCUAUGGUCUGUACCUCAGUAAGUUAUUAUUUAUCAUUGCAUAUGUGAUGACAUCUGAGAAAAAGACUGGGGCUGGCUGAUGGUUCACAUGACUGUGAAGUUGAACCAAAGAGAGUGAGUUGUUCUUCCUUGUGCUUUUUAACAGUGAGAAAUAAUGCAUGAAACAAUUUUUUCGAGCUGUUUACACUUUGAAGGAGCAUAUUUGUGGAUGUUACUGUGACGAUGUGAGUGUGAUGUGGUCAUUCGCCACAUCACACUCACAUCAUUGCCACGCAGCCUUGAGGCGUUUUACUUUGUAAGCCCAUGUAUUUGUGAAUGCUUUAAUCACAGUUGGACAUUAUUCCUUCUCAUGAAGCCCUAAAGUCUCGCUAUUGAGAUUAAACUGGAUCAUUUGUCAGGAUUGAUUUUAGCUACAUAUUGUACUGAGAGAAUGUCAAAAGAAAGUUAUUAAUUAUAUCAACAAUUUGGUGCCUUUAUCACAGUAACGUUACAUGUCUGCCUUUUCUUCUGCUUUGCUUUCAUUUUAUACCGUUAAAUCAAUGCUUACUACCUUCAGCGACGUUAUGCCAUUUGCAUAUUAAGCCGGCUUAGAGAACAUGUUUUCUUUAGUUUUUUUUUUAAAUAAUGGUGUCUAUAGCUCAUUCAUCAAACAUGUUAAUUUAAAGCCAUUACAGAAAUACUGACCAACAGUUUUUGAGUCUUAACCAGUGUCUUAUGUCUAAUAAAAUAUAUGAACUCAUCACAGAGUUAAUAG